AUAGACGUUGGUCUUCUCCAGCCGCGAUAUUUAUGCUCUUUCGCCCGGUGUAAAAGCACCGAUGAAUUCAAUUGGUCGAAAGUCACGUGAUCCCCUCUCCUAUUGGUUGUGUUAAUGUUAUAUAACGCAGUAGCUACGCCGUUCAGCGGACACGAACGUAGAAUACCAACGCCCAUUUCGCUUUUUUUGCCAAGUAACUUUAUUGUCUCGUUCAUUUCAGUCAAAGUAGUGAUUUCUAUAAAAAUUUAAAAAUCCAUUACAUUUUAGCAAAACUGUGGAGAAAUGGCCCGCAGUAAGCGUGUCUCUCAAGCAGUUUGGCCAAUAGAGGAUUUAAUGUGUAAAUGUGUGAUAUACAAGUUAGCCAGUUAGCGUCCUCAAAUUUCCACACAGAUUUAUUUCACAGACAGUUAUUUGACCACGAACUUGGGCAUGUUCUUUAGAGCUAGACAAUGGCGAGUAUGAGCAUAGCGCCAUUCGCCAUUCUUCCAAAAACCAACCCUAAUCCUGUAAGGGAAAUCUCUCCUCCAAGAGCCAUUUGAAACAGUCAGCAUGAGUUAGCUAGCUAGCACACCCUGCAUUCCUCUGCCACUGGGGGCCUCUGCAGCGUUUUCAUCUACUCUCCGGCCUAGGAUCCAUAUGUGCUCUGCUCACCCAAUCCACAGAGUAAAUGGUGCAGUAGCAGCUAAAGCCGAACCAGCUCUGUAUAGCUGCAGGAACAGAGAAAAGCGCAAUGCAAGCAGAGUUGUCCAAAACAGGUAUGGAGGUCACUGAGAAAUUGUGGAAGGACGGACUCUUUAAUAAAAAUUAAAUAGUUAUUAUUCAUAUUGUUUACUGAGGGUCAAUCAAGUCACUGUUGUCCUUUUGACAUUGACUUCCACACCAUCCAAUGCAAGCUUUAAGACAUUUCUGCAUCGGGUUCACUCUGCUGAGCCAGACGUCUUCUAAGUAAUACAAGCAGAAAACAUACUGAGCUAAUCAGGUGUGUACGGUGUAACCCUUUAGAUGUGACUAAUCCCUCACCUAACUAACUGAACGUAAAGUUCAGACGAGAAAUUAAACCUUUUAAGAGAGAAUAGAAGUUAUUGUAUUGGUUAGUGUCUGUCUUGUUGGGAAUGUUUGCUAUUUUUGAUUAAUUAUGUUUUUUAAAUUUUAUUUUGUAGCAAGUGAGACACUGCCUUGUUAUUGGUUUAUGUAUUAAUUUGUGAUUUAAUCGUUUGUCUAAGUUGUUGUGAGACGCACUUAAGUCUGUGACUUAGUUCUUUUAAAAAGACAUUUUUUUAGUUGACGCUCACAAGUGUGACGUACAUGGUUUUCCCGUAAUAUGUCACCUUAUUCCUCUCGCGCGCAUGUGUCUCAGUCCGCACAGGAGCGAUAAUGCGUGCUUGUGUGUGUGCGCGCGUGCGUCUGGGUGGGCGGGUUUUCUGAGAGUGAGGACAGCCCCUCAAUAAAUUAGGUCGCUUCCUGAAUAUCAAAAAACCGAAAGUCGAAGUGGGAAACAAGUGCACGUGGUAAAUGAGAGCGACGGAGAAGCAGCGCAGAAGCAGCACAGGAUGAGCCAGUGGAAGCAGAUUCAGCAGCUGGAGAUCAGACUCCUGGAACAUGUGGACUAUCUUUAUGAUGAUAACUUCCCCAUGGACAUCCGUCAGGGUCUGUCCAGCUGGAUCGAGUCCCAAGACUGGGAAAUAGCAGCUAGUGACGAGUCGAUGGCGGCAGUGCUGUUCAGAGACCUGCUGUCCCAGUUGGAUAAGGUGCGAUUACAGGAGCAGAACUUCCUGCAGAGACACAACAUGAAAAUCAUACAACAGCAGUUACAGGUGAAAUACACAACAAACCCUAUUGCCAUGGCCAGGGUUAUCUCCACGUGCCUCAGGGAGGAGCGCAGAAUCCUCUCCAGCGCCUGCAUGCAGGAACAGGGACCACUGGAAAAAUCAUUGCAGAAUUCUGUGGCCUUGGAGAAGCAGAAAAACAUGGACAACCGAGUCGGGAUCAUCAGGGCCAACGUGCAGUUGAUGGACCAGGCUGUGAAAUACAUCGAGGACAUGCAGGAUGACUUUGACUUCCGCUACAAGACACUGCAGUCUCGAGAAUCAACGGAUACUCGACAGAACUCUGAGAUGAUGAAACAGGAAGUAACAAGACUUCAGGAAAUGCUCAACCGGCUGGAUUAUAAAAGGAAGGAGAUCUUAUCGAAGAUGGAUGAUGUGAUCAAGGAGAUCGAUGACCUGAUGACCUCUCAGCUCAACCCGGAGCUGCAGGACUGGAAGCGCAGGCAGCAGAUCGCCGCCAUUGGUGGUCCGCUGCUCACUGGCCUGGAGCAGCUGCAGAGUUGGUUUACUCUGAUCGCCCAAAGUCUCUUCCAGAUAAAGCGUCAGCUGGACAAACUGGUGGAGCUGGUUGUGAAGGUCACCUAUGAAAGUGAUCCUAUCCCCCUGCAAAAACAUCAGAUGGAGGAGCGCAUCAAAUACCUCAUUUAUCAUCUCAUCAAGAGCUCAUUCGUGGUGGAGAAGCAGCCAUGCAUGCCCACACAUCCACAGAAACCCCUCAUCAUCAAGACGGGAGUGCAGUUCACCACUAAAGUCAGACUUCUGGUUAAACUUCCCGAAGUGGAUUAUCAGCUGAAAGUGAAAACAACAUUUGACAAGGACCUCCCAUCUGGCAGAGUAAGUCGUCAGUUUUUUAUCUUGACCAACAACACUAAAGUCAUGGACAUUGAGGACUACUCAAACGGCUGCCUCUCUGUGGAUUUUAGACACCUGCAGUUGAAAGAGAAGAAAUAUAUUAAUGGGACAAAGGGGAGUGAGGGUCUCCUCUCGGUGACGGAGGAACUACACUCUCUCAGUUUCGAGGCUUGCUUCACGGUGCAGGGCCUCACCAUUGAUCUAGAGACUUGUUCAUUGCCACUGGUGGUGAUCUCCAAUGUGAGCCAACUGCCUGGAGGCUGGGCGUCUGUCAUGUGGUACAACCUGCUGACUGAUGAGCCGAGGAACAUGGCGUUCUUUGGGAACCCGCCUCGGGCCACAUGGAGCCAGCUCUCUGAGGUCCUCAGCUGGCAGUUCUCCACCUUUGCGGGUAAAGGCCUCAACAAGGAGCAACUCAACAUGCUGGGAGAAAAGCUUCUCGGUCAACAUGUCUCCUGUAGUGACUAUCAAGUGUCCUGGUCCAAGUUCUCCAAAGAGAAUAUUCCAGGAAAGCCCUUCAGCUUCUGGAUGUGGCUGGACUCCAUCCUGGAGCUCAUCAAGAAGCACUUGCUGCCAGUCUGGAAUGAGAACUACAUCAUGGGCUUUGUGAGUAAAGAAAUGGAGCGCACUCUGCUAAAGGACAGAGAGCCCGGCACCUUCCUCCUACGCUUCAGUGAGAGCCACCUCGGAGGCAUCACGUUCACCUGGGUGGAGCACAACGCCAAUGGAGGGGUGAAGUUCAACUCGGUGGAACCAUACACUAAAAACCGCCUCAGCGCCCUCCCAUUCGCCGACAUCAUCCGAGACUACAAAGUCAUCUCGGACGGGGUCGUCCCGGAGACCCCACUCAAGUUCCUCUACCCCGACAUCCCCAAAGAUGAGGCCUUCGGACGUCUCUACAACAGUCAGCCGAGCAAAGUCCAUCCAUACAUUCCAUCUACCCUGAUCCCCAUCUCGGAAUUGCGCACCCAUGCGAUCAGCACGGCACCUUCUCGUCAGUCUCCUGAGCCACCAAUGACUCCUGGGGAGUUUGACAUGCUCAGCGAACAGCUGUGCUUUGACAUUGACAGCAUGAGCUCUUCAUAUUCAGAGUAAAGCAAGUUGAAACAUUCAACAUUUUGCUGAAAGAUUCCUGACACCAGUCUUUGAUCAAUGUCUACAUUGUUCUUACCACACAACUCAGCCUGUCGUCUGUAAAUAGGUUUUAAGUGGAUCCAUAUCUAUAGAUAGGGAUGUAUACAGUAUAUUUGUUUUUAUAUGUAAUCUUGUUUUUAGUUUACUCUUUUCUAUUACUCCUUUAUUGGAAAUAAAACAAUGGAAAUAUGUUAUUUUUUUUGCAGUGUA